AUGCUUGGCAUCCAUUGUGUGUUUGGGAGACAAUUAGUAUCAAGUCCCGCACUCUCUAGAGUAUCAUAUCACCCAAAUGCUAAUAUCUUAAGACAAACUCCGAGUUUCAAAAAUUUCUCCUCCUCUUUAAAGGCCAGGUCCUCGGAUCCGCUGGAAUCAACUACUUCCCUGAAAUCAGACCCAAACAAUUCAAAUUCAAAUUCAAACUCAAACUCAAACUCAAACCAAAAGUCAAGGAGAUCCUUCCCGCUGUCCAAGAUUGUUAAAUAUUUCUUCUUUUCGGCUGGUGUUAUCAGUUGUUCCUUUGCUGCUGCCCUUGCCGGAUUCUUCAUUUUCGAUUACACAACCUACACCCCUCCCGUAGUCCCUGAAAAUUUGAUUAUCCCCUUUGACUCAUUGAAUCCUAAACGUGGUGGACCUGAAAAUUUACCCAUCUUAUCGAAGAAUUUAGACUCUUAUGAUUCUCCAGAUAAAAUACUAGACUCUCACAAACCAAAAUUGGUUAUCUUAGGUUGCGGUUGGGGGAGCGUGUCGCUGUUGAACCAAUUGGACCCAGACCAAUACGACGUUACAGUACUCUCCCCCACGAACUACUUUUUGUUUACACCAAUGUUGCCCUGUGCAGCAGUUGGUACGUUUGAUAUCAGAACCGUUAUGGAGAGUAUUAGGUCUUUAGUGAAUAAAGUCCAUGGACAUUAUUUGUGUGCAAAGGCCGAAAAAAUCGAAAUCAAUGAUCGACUAAUCAAAGUAAAGGACUUGAAUACAGAACAGUUCUUUUAUAUUCCCUAUGAUAAGUUGGUUGUUGCUGUUGGCUGUACCUCUAAUACUCAUGGAGUCCAAGGUUUGGAACACACCUUACAAUUGAAAACUGCAGUCGAUGCAUUGACCAUUAGAAGGAAACUUAUAAAUAAUUUUGAGAAGGCUUGUCUGCCAACUGUUUCUGAUGAGGAACGUAGAAAAUUGCUCUCCUUUGUAGUUUGUGGUGCAGGGCCAACAGGCGUAGAAGUAGCUGCAGAAAUCUCGGAUUUUGUCAAUGAAGACCUACCUAGGCUAUAUCCAAAAAUAUUAAGGCAAGAGGUUAGUAUACAUAUCAUCCAAUCGAGAUCGCAUAUCUUAAAUACGUAUGAUUCUGCAAUUUCCGAUUAUGCAAUGAAAAAAUUUGCAAGUGAUGAUAUUGAUUUGUUGGUGAAUUCCAGAGUUGAGAAAAUCACUCCUGAGUAUGUCGUCUUCAACCAAAAACAUGCAAAUGGGGAUGUUGAGCGUAAAGAACUACCAUAUGGUAUGUGUAUUUGGUCGACAGGUAUUGGUUUAAAUUCCUUGACUAAAUCGAUUUCAGAUGAUUUGAAACCGCAUCAGAGAAAUAGGAGAGCUCUAGAAACCGAUUCUCAUUUGAGAGUCAUUGGUGCCCCACUGGGUCAAAUCUAUGCAAUUGGUGAUUGUUCCACAGUUCGGACUGAUAUUGGUAGCCAUUUGGAAGAAUAUGUGAAGAACUUUAUUGUCAAGCGUCACAAAUCAUUCUUCAGCUUUAGUGGUGAUGAGAAAGAUAUCCAUGUAAGUGAAGACGAUAUCAAAAAUUUUGAAGUCACAUACUACCAACUCAGAUCGCUGUGUCAGGAAAUUGAAAAGCACUCCCCCUUAGCGGCAGAGGCAAUGAAUCUAGCUGAUGACUUGAUUCCCAAGUAUGAUAAGUCGGGUAAAGGCACAUUGAAGUUUGAGCAACUACAAGCCCUAUUCAAAGAAAUUGAUUCAAAGGUGACGGCCUUACCUGCAACAGCGCAACGAGCACAUCAAGAAGGUGCCUACCUGGGGAAGAAGCUUAAUAAGUUGGCCAGAAUUGAUGAAUCUUUGCCGGAGUAUCAAUCACACAACAAAGACUGGGAUGACACAGUUACAAAACCGUUCAAGUACAAACACCUUGGCUCCUUAGCUUAUAUUGGCAACUCCGCAGUCUUUGAUUUACCUGGACAUCCAUUUUUCGGUGGCUUGGUUGCUAUGUAUCUUUGGAGAUCCAUUUAUUUUUCUCAAAGUGUCAGUUUGCGUACCCGGGCAUUGAUGUUCUUUGACUGGCUAAAGAGAGGAAUCUUUGGUAGGGAUGUUGUCACAGUCUAG